AUGACUGAGCUACCAAAAGACAAGAGCUUCCUACGAAGAAUGGUUGAGGCUGCUCUUAAUCGCCCUGAAAAUAACUAUCCGCCCAUGGCAGCUCACGCGACAGCUGCUGCAGCACGAAAAAAUACAACCCAUGAGCCGAACGGUACCGACCUAGAAGGCCAACGAUGGAACAUCGGCUUAAGUCACCCUGAAGCUCUCAUCCCACCCAACGACAAGCUCGUCAUCUUUCGUGCCUUGACUGGUAUUGACAGUGUACCCGCCCUCACACAAGGUGGUUAUCUCCUUCGCAGUGCACCCAACGUCGGUAUCUACACACGGGUUGUCCGCAACGAGGCCAAAGCCGCACGCGGAUAUCGUACCUUCAACUCCAUGAUCAACAUAUGUUUGGGAAUCCAGAUCGUUGUUGCCGCAGCCUUGACAGCACUCGGCGCAGCAAGUGGCCCGCACGCUGCCAUCACAGCUUUCGGCGCCAUCAACACCAUUAUAGCCGGUAUUCUGACCUAUCUGCGUGGAUCGGGUCUUCCAGAUCGUCUGAAGGCCUACCAAAAUAAGUGGAAACAUAUUCGCGAAUACAUCGAGCAACGCGAGCGCGAGUUUUGCCUUGUGGGAUGUGAUCUUGAUGUGCAGGAAGAAGUGUUUAUCGUGGAAAGCAUGUACCAAAGCCUCAAGUCGGAAAUGGAAACGGCUAGAAGCGCCGGUGACACAAAAACACAACAGCCGGAUGACCCGCGAAUCCGUCGUUCUCUCCUUCCGACGCAUAAUGAGUUGAGUAACCAAAGAGCUUCCACAACGCCGGCUAAGCGUUCUGAGGUGUCACAUCCGCAGACUCGAGAGGAACACGAGCCCGUUAGCCCGAUUACAGUUCCCGGACCCAGUUUGGAGAAGUCCUAA